AUGACAGCCCUGCAAGCCGAGAUGCAAAACAAAAUGGGAAUUUCUCACAGAUUGUUCUUGUUGGUUGCAUGUGCGACCUCGGCGCGCCUGGACCUUGUAUCUCUAGAUGGUCAAGCACAUGUCACCACCUUAAACUGCAAAGGCAGAUGUCAUCCAAAAGAGCUGAUUCUUUUAUUGCCUUUUGGAUGCAACGGCCGUUUCAUGUCAUGCCCAUGGCCAAAUUUACAGCAGCACAUUUUUCAUGGCUUUGCUGGGACAUGGCUUGUGCUGCAGAUAAUUGCCAGAAUUGCGAGGCUGACACUGCUGAAUGGGGCAACAGUGACUCCCAUAGAACGUUUUGACUGUGAGCUGCGGUACAUGAGCCUGGCUCACAGGGACACCCUCUCCUCUGCUACGCCCAAUGGCAUCGAUCCAGAGCUCCAUCCAAGGAUGGCAGAGCUGCUGGAAAAGCAUGGCCCUGUGUGCACCCGGGGCAACGUCGCCGCCAGCACAGGCACACUGCAGGACAGUGUGGUGCAGGUCAGCCUGACCUGCGUCGCGGCAUCCGUGGCGAAGAGCAUGGGUACUGUCACUAAGAGGCUACCCGCCUCGAUGACUUUGGCGAACCUCAAGAGGCUGGCGGAGAAACUGUUCAAGCUGGAUGUUGCCAAGAUGGCGUUGUACAUGAAGACGAGUUCGUCUCCCAUGCCAGAGUCCAUGCCGGACCUCGACUCGCUUCAGCUGUGCGACUUUGAUAUCCAGGAUGGGCAGGAGAUACUGGUUGAAGAGCGACAAGCCUGA